AUGUGGGUCCCGGGACAUAAGGGCAUCCAGGGCAACGAACGGGCGGACGAGGAAGCAAAGCGAGGCGCAGACACACGCGGUGCGCCUUUAUUCCAUUCAACUAUCUCAUGGGUACGCGAGCAGGCCAAGCGUUCAGCCAUACGCGAAUGGCGCCGGGAAUGGUCUGCUCAUCCGCACACCAACCUCGCCACUAUAGCCCUCGGCGACUCACCACCAUCAACUACCCUCACACCCUUUCACAAACACUUUUCCGGACCGCGCGACGUCCACGCACGCAUCAUCCAAACCAUCACCGGCCACGGUUUCCGCGGCGAUUACUACGCGCGCUUCGUCCCCACCGAAGAUCCGGCAUGUCCGUGCGGCGAGGCGCAAAUCCAAACGCGGGAGCACAUCCUCGCAGAUUGCCCUCUAUACGAGCGCGGAAGACACUUCCUCCGUGCAGUCUCGCCUAGCAUAUCUUCCGCAAUCAUCCUCGGCACCCGCAGUGGCCUCGAGGCUCUCGCCAAGUUCAUCGCCACCUCGCGCGCCUUCGCAAAGUCUCCCCCCGAGCCCGACGAUGAACCCUAA